AUGGCGCUACAAGAGACCAAGACUACGGUCGCACAGGAUCCUGUCGACUCCAAGCAAUCCAGCGCAGAUCAUCUUGGAGUCCACGAGAAGAAAGACGCUGCGGACGACGUCCAUAUACACAACGAAUAUGCUUACAAGGGAGAUGACUCCGAUGGCAACGUCGCUUGGACUCUUCGUCACUCCGUGGCCGCAAUUUCCUUGGGCAUGCUCUAUGCCGGGUCCCAGGUCAUGCUCUACUUCGUGGGAGGAUGUUUGUCCUUCAUAGAAGCCGACCUUGGGGCCGAGAAAGUGGGAAGCUGGCUUCCCGUCUCGAACACGCUAGCUAUUACUGCAGUAUCACCGUUUGUGGGUUACUUACAAGACCUGCUGGGCCGGCGCAAUAUCACUCUGGCGGGCUCUAUCGUGAUUAUGCUGGGAAUUGCUUUGAUCGGCAGCGCCAACUCCUUUGGACAAGCUGUAACAGGGAUGGCCCUCUCUGGCGCAGGCGCGGGCGUCUGCGAAUUGACCGCUCUAGCAGGUUUGUCGGAUAUCGUCCCUGUACGUCGGCGUGGAUUUGCAUUGGCGCUCAUGACUGCGUCAAUCCUGCCAUUCACGCCCUACGUUAUGUAUAGCCAGUUACUCUCCACGUACAGGACCUGGAGGUGGACGCAAUGGAUAGCUCUGAUCUGGAACGGCGUCGUUUUCUUGGGCCUGUUGACGACAUACUUCCCAAAAGCACAUCCUCGCCUGGAGGGGAUGUCCAAACAACAGAUCCUCAAACGCAUCGACUAUCUCGGAGCCAUUCUGUCCGUUGUGGGCAUCACUCUGUUCCUCGUCGCCCUCCAAUCUGGCGGAUAUACUCAUCCAUGGGCAAGCGGCUACGUCCUGGCACAGCUGAUCAUCGGAAUCUUGCUCAUCAUUGCCUGGGUUAUCUGGGAAUGGAAGUAUGCACCGCAUCCCAUGAUCCCACGCGAACUCUAUCAGGGACAACGGGUGGUGGCCCUUACUUUCCUUGUUGCCUUUGUUGCCGGCUUCGAUUUCUAUUCUCUGAUCAACUUCUUCCCGAUCUCAUUUUCGACUCUUUGGAGUCCGGAUCCGGUUCAAGUUGGCCUGAAGGGUUUAGGCUAUGGCAUUUCAACCACCGCAGGUGCAGUUUUCUGGAACGCCCUACUGUCGACGAGACUGGAAGCGAAAUACAUCCUGCUGAUCUCUUCCAUUAUCAUGACUGCUUUCAUCGGCGGUCUGGUCGCUACCACGCCAGAAACCCCCAAACUAGCAGUCGCCCUCGGCACGAUCGCCAGCUUCGGCGUCGGCGGCAUCCUCGUCCCCGCUGCCACCGUGGCUCUGAUCGUCGUCCCGGACUCUCUUCUCGCAACCACCGCCGCCUUGUCCCUGUCGAUCCGUACCGUGGGCGGUUCCAUCGGCUUCACCAUCUACUACAACAUCUUCGUGAACAAGCUCAACACGCAGCUACCUAAACAAAUUGCCAAGUAUGCCAUCAAAGCAGGUUUGCCGGCAGCAGAUGCCACCGAGUUUGUGACAAUGUUUCUGGCUGCUCCGGCCAAUAUUACCCAAGCGGUUGGAUAUACACCACAGGCAUUGGCGGGCGCUACGUUGGGCGAGAGAUGGGCUUAUGCCGAGUCCUUGAAGUGGGUUUGGGUCACUAGCAUUCCGUUCGGUGUGUUGGCCAUCAUUACUUGCUUCUUCAUACCCAACAUCAAGAAAUAUCAGACCAACAGGGUCGCGGUCGCUUUGUGA